GCUGCCGGAGCACACAGAGUUCCGCAUUCCCGAGUCCUCCCAGCCAGGGAUCAGUAUCUAAACGUGCUGAUGCAACGCUUUCCCUUGUUCAAAAUCUACUCCAGACCCCCAGCUGACCUGAAGAAGGCACACCAAGGGAACGCGGGAUCAAAGUCAGCUGUGGUGAAGGGCGUGUAUGCCAUGAUGCCCGGACAGAUCCCUGACCCUUCGGUGACGGCAGGCUCUUUACCCAGCCUGGGCCCGCUGGCUGGGAUCUCUGCCACGACACUGACAGACCAGCUGAAAUACGCCGACCUGUGCAGCCUCGGAGCCAUGCUGUCUCCGCUGCACCUCUUGGGCAAGCUGAGCAAGCACCAUCUUCCUAUUAAAGCAGAGAAAGAUGAGGAGGAGGAGAGGAGGAAGAGGAGGCGAGAAAAAAACAAAGUGGCAGCAGCACGAUGUCGAAACAAAAAGAAAGAGCGAACGGAGUAUCUACAAAGGGAAUCCGAGAGGUUGGAGAUGAUGAACUCUGAGCUCAAAGCGCAAAUCGAGGAGCUGAAGCACGAGCGCCAGCAGCUUAUCCUCAUGCUCAACCGUCACCGGCCGACAUGCAUCGUGAGGACAGACAGUGUGAAAACCCCCGAGAGCGAGGCGAACCCCCUCUUGGAGCAGCUAGAGGCCAAAUGAGGAAAAGUGCAGAGACUCAGAGUGGUGCUUUUCCACACUUACUGUUUACAGGUUAGCUUCCAUACAGCUAGCUAGAAGCACUUAGCUCUAAACUCUUGGACAUUUUAAGGUUGAACGAGUAAAGCACUCCAACCCGUAUGCUUGGAGUGUUUGAGCCUUUGUGGAACCCACGCAUACAUGUCCCAAUCAGAUUGGGCAACGUGCUGACAGUUACAAGUUUGUAGUACCUUUUUUUUUUUUUUUUUUCCCCCCCCGUUUGUGGUCAUUCUGUGCCUAAUGGUUUUACCUUAAUCCAACGAGGCAGUUUGUAACAGAUAGCAAAAACAAAAUGCACUUCCUCAAGGUAUCAUGUAAGAUCUGUGUUUUCGGCAAUGCAACUGGAUGAUUUGUGCUAUGUUCAAGUCAUGAUAUGCCCUCAUGAAAUUGCUUUUACUGUUCUUUCUUUCUUUCUUUCUUUCCUCCUUCCUUUCUUUCUUUCUUUCAAGACGCAGGCGUCAUGUAUGCACAUAUACAGUAUAUGGACUGUUUACAUCUUGUUCUUAUAGUUACCGACAAUUUAUAUAUAUAUAUA